UGACUUCAUCGACGAAAUUGAUGUAAAGCUAUAAACAGUACUCCAACAUCUUCUAUUCUUUGACUUGGCAAUUUCCACCUUCAAAAGGCGGGCGGCCAAAUAAUCCCACGCUACUCACGGGUAGCUUGGUAACUUAAAUCCUAAAAAAAAAAAAAAAAAAAGCAGUGUAACAUGUGGGACACCAUUGAAGCUGAGUCUGAGGGCACCGCACACGCAUCAGAUAUCCUUGCGCCAAAGAAGCGAUCAGUCUCCUGGAUAACAACCACUGCGGGUUGUCUAAAAAAAUUUAAGAAAUCUGAUGUUGGCAUUGGUGUGGAGCCCAAAACAGAAGUCGCAAAUAAAAUAUGGUCGGAAUUGCGUUACUUGCAGGAUGAGGAUUCCAGUGAAUCAGAGCUGGACCUGGAGGCAUCUCAUGAUACGUCCUCUGAAGCGGGAACUCUUGGGAGUAACAGUAACUCUGAUGAUGACCAAAAGACUGAUUUUUUUCUAUACACACAAUCUAAGACUGCCUGGCGGGUGCCAAUGGUACUUGAAAGAACAAUCAAAAAAUUUGUUUACUUUCCUAAAAAUAAGAACGCUCAAUCAACAAAUCGUUUAUUUGUGACGGGAUCCAUUAAAAAGAUCGUCAUUUUCUACAAAGAUGAGAAAUCCGCAACCAUAGAAGAGCUCACCGAUGGGCAUGACUGUGGAAUUAAAACUCAGGAAUCGACUAUCCAAUCCAUCAACGAUAAAGAAGCUGGAAUUGAGCCGGAUAAAGAAUAAAAAAUACCAAUUGAUGAUAAAGAGGCCUUGGAUUUGGCCUCUCCAUUCGCUAUUAACGAAGCUCCACUGGAAGAUCAA